CACCAACACUGGCGGGCGGAAUGUUGCUCACUCCGCUCAACUAUCUCCAGCUGUUUCUCGUACCAUGUGGGAUAACACAAAAUUCCUUCUGCAAUGGAGGAAUGUGUGACCAUUGAUAAUCUUCCAUACGAAGUCCUUGAAAGGAUCUUGACUGACAUAUGUGUGAACGUUGAAGAUGUGGUGAGUUGCUCCGUGACCUGCAAGUAUUUUCACGGUGUGUGUCAGCGUAACUCUCUAUGGAAGAAGAAGCUCAGCCAACACUACUCAUACGUUUACCAACAUAGUGAACUUGUGUGGAAAGAAAAAUUAGACUGGAAAUCAAAAUAUGUAUCACUGUAUCGGUGCAAGAAGAAACUGUUACAGUGCAUCUUGGCUCUGUCGAGAACAUUUGUGUGGUCAAUGUACCAUGACUAUGAGUGGCCGGAUAUACCCAGGCGGGCACUGACACUGUAUGAGACUCUUUUCACAGAGGAACUUGGUGAAGCCAAUCUAUUUUAUAUUUUGGAUGAGUGUCACAACAUUAUGAACACAGGUCCUCAAUGCAUGGAUUUAACUUUGAAAUAUUAUGCAGGUAAACUGUACAAUCACAUCUACGAACGCUGUGUCAUUAACUCGGAGUGGAAAAAGUUUAUCGCACAACCAGAGGAGUCGCUAAAAUACAGCUACGAGGAAGGUUUGCUGUGGGUUGUGGUGAGCCUGCGGCCAACACACAGUGAAUAUGAUAUCAACAAAGUGAAGCUCAGUUUGGAUAAGUUAGCUUGUGAAACUUUGAAAUACAUAAAGGAAAAAUAUCCAGAUAAUCCAGUCAGUAGUAAAAUGGAAAACAAAUGUGACUUCUUAAAAGGAUGUUCAAGCUUUUGGAAAGGUGAACAUUGUUGUGAUAUUGUGCAGGCAGUGCAUCAUGUAAUUAAACAUAAGUCCGGUUUUAAAAUCAACAACAGCUUAUAUGAAAGUGGACCUGAUCAUUAUUGUAUUGAUCAGGUUCUAUUAAACAGAAAAGGAAGCUCAAAACUUCUUUUGAUUAUUGAGUCGUGUAUAGCAGAUCGUCUCGGGGUACACGCUGAAGUGCACAAGAAUAUAACAGAUCAUGUUUUGGAUACUUGGAAACUUUACUAUGUUGGUCAGGAUGGUGUUAGUGGGUAUUCAAAUGCCUGUGACUUGUGCAAAAAAGAUCCUUCAUCAUUAAGGAUUGUGCUUAAUGAUUGGCAGGAAGGACAGACUGUGGAUGCUGCAGGCAUGUGUCAAGCAAUAAUUCAACAAAUAGUGUUUUUGGCAGAAUGUUGGUUGAAAGGGGAAAGAUGGCAAGCUGGUGAACCUGUUCUUUAUGAUUUACUUGAUGAAGAGACAUACAAUCAACCAAUUCGUCUUUUAUUCACUGCUUGGCAGCACGUUGAACAUUGGAAAAUGAGUCGGCUUUACCACUACAUGCACCAACUUUUAAGAGUGAACGAAAGUCAUCAAACACUAGGAAAGCUCUUACAUCUUAGUAUUCUUCUACGUAUCAACUCAAAGCUCACCCUAGAGAAACUGUUGAAUUUCAGAAGAAGAAUGGGACAGCCGCCAAACACCAUGCGGGACUUAUUACGAAUGCUAGCAAGUGUAGACAAAAGAGCUCGCACCAGGGUUUCAGAGCUAAAAACUCUACUGUCAACAGCAAUUGCGAGUUACUCAAGUUUAAAUCCUUUAGCAAGUGUUCCUUGGCCUCAUGGAUGGCCAGGAGGUGAAAUGGUGCAGAAAAGGCGUGUGGAUCGGAAAAGCUGGCAAGUACAGUUCGCGGUGGGUGAAGUGCUAGAACAACGAGGAGGAGACUUGUGUGUGGUGUAUGACUGGGAUUCCAUGUGUGUAGAAAGUGAAGAUACUCUGGUGCUGAUGGGAGAAACAGGACUUGCACAUGGUACAGAUCAGCCAUUUUAUAGAGUUCUUACAGAUGGCGGGUCAGCUCGUUAUCUUGCCCAAGAGAACCUUCGCCAUGCACGUCAACCUCAACACCUUAGAAAUCCUCUGAUUGGACGCUACUUUACAGCUUUCAUAUAUCCUUUUUAUAUACCAAAUCCACAGAAAGCUUAUGAAUAUCCAGAGGAUGCUAAUAUUCGUGAGCAAAAUGCACUAACUUUGAAAUUAAAAUUUGCUGUAAAUGAUUAAUACAUUGAUGCUAUAUUGUAUACCCAGUACAGUACUAAAAUUCACUAAUGACAUUGAUCAUAGUGUACUGUGCUUGUAAGUGUUUAAAACAUGAUUAAAUUCAAUGGAGCUGUAUAGUGCCACAUUUCUUGAGCCAGUUACAAGUCAUGGAUAUACCAGAACAGCUAUCAGUAUGUAUAUUAAAUUAGACUGUGCCAAAUUCUCAAACAAAUCAAAUAAUUUUUGGUUCAUGGAUUACAAAAUGAAAUACAGUAAUGUAUUGUUAUUUAUCAUACACUACUGUACCUGUACUGCUUUGGCACACAUUGUGGUGAUUGUGUUCCAGAUCAGCGCUGUUUAAAUGUAAACUCAGAUUGUAUGUUUCCUAUAGAAUCUUACUACAGGUAUAUGUAAAAUGUUUAUUAUUUCAUUAGUAUAAUUUAAGAAUACUCAAAGUCUCGCAUGUGCAUUCCAUUCACAUAUACAGUAAUUUUAUUUCCUCUGUUUGUAUUACACUAUUAUUUUUACACAAAAAACCGGUGCCUUGUGGAUAACAGUAUUUUUAUUCUUUGUGAAGUUUGUUCUGUGCACUUCCUUUGCAGAUUUGGCAUUACUGUAGAGUUCUGUACCGCAUAUUAUACCUGUGCAAUGUGGAUGUGAGUGGUAAUAAAUAACACAUACUACAAAGGUGCUUGAUUUUAUAACUAUUAUUACAGGAUUUCACCUUUUUUAAUAAACUGCAAUUUAAGUACUGUACUGUAUAUGCAUAUUUUGGAAUUAGUAAAUGAUUAACAAAAUAAAUAUUUGAGAAAUGGAUUAAAUAACUUUAGAGUUGUGUAUUUGUGUUAAGGAAAUUGUUUAUUAACUUCAGCUCCAUUCAUGGUUUCAGAAAUAAAGUAUUUUAUAUUAA